AUGUUGGCCAAGGUUGCCACCGGCUUCGCCUUGCGGUCCCACCGGAGCCGCCGCUGGAUUCAGACCGCGAUGAAGCAGGAGGUGACGGCUACGGCGGCCGAGGCUGGCAAUCGCAACAGCGCAUCGUCCACUUGCAGCGGCGCGGUUCCAGACGGCGGCUGCCGGGUGAAGAGCAUGGACGAGCUUGGCGGGCCGAGUUUCCUCAGCACGCUCUACUGGCUCUUCAUCAAGGGAUACUUCAAAACAACUCAACAGAUGCAAAUCGAGCACAAGAAGCUAUACGGGCCUCUGUGGAAGUCAACGUACGGACCCCUGGUGGUGGUGAACGUGGCCAGCGCCGAGCUCAUCGAGCAGGUUCUGCGUCAGGAGGGCCGACUACCGGUCCGCACCGACAUGCCUCACUGGCGACACUACCGGGAGUUCCGCGAGCAAGCCCACGGACCCCUCACAGAGAUGGGUGCCAAUUGGCAACGCAUUCGCAGCAUACUGAAUCCUCGCAUGCUGAAGCCAAAGCACGUGGCCUCGUACGUCGACACCAUCAAUCCGGUGGUGGCUGACUUUCUGGAGCGACUCUGCUGGUUGCGCGACAAUAACAAAAUCAAUGGUGGCUUGGUGUGCGACGUGACUGGAGAACUCUACAAGUUUGCUUUCGAAGGCAUCUGCUCGGUGGUGUUCGAGACGCGUCUGGGUUGCCUGGAGCGGGACGUGCCCGAGGAGACGCGCAAGUUCAUCUGGUCUGUAGGAGAAAUGUUUCGCCUGUCUUCUGUCGUCAUCCUUUUCCCCAAGCGCUACUGGCCAUACCUGCCCUUUUGGAAAAAGUUUGUGGCUGUCUGGGACCAUCUCUUCAAAGUCUCUGAGGAGCUGGUACAGAAGAAGCUGGAGGAGCUGCAGAAGGAGAAGGAAUGGGCGGAUGGCAACGCCAACGCGGAGGGCGCCUACCUAAGCCACCUGCUGCUCAGUGACAAGAUGAGCCUCACCGAGAUUCUCGGAAGCAUCACUGAACUCCUGCUGGCCGGAGUUGACACGACCUCCAACACGAUCUCAUGGGCAUUGUACCAUCUAGCCCAGGAGCCCGCCAUUCAGGAGCGUCUCUACCAGGAAGUGUCGAGCGUUUUCCCUGCAUCCCGCGGGAUGCCCAAAAGCCAAGAAAUCGCCCAGAUGCCUUUCCUAAAGGCUGUCGUUAGGGAGACGCUGCGGCUUUACCCCGUCGUGCCAGGAAAUGCUCGCCUCACUGUAGAAGAUCAGAUUGUGGUGGGAGAUCAUCUCUUUCCUAAAAGGACAUUGUUCCACCUUUGUCACUACGCGGUCUCCCAUGACGAAAGUGUCUUCCCCGAGCCACACCGCUUCCUGCCCGAUCGGUGGAUGCGACGCGACGAAGGCGAGCGGCACCCGUGGCACCCGUUCGGGUCGGUGCCGUUCGGAUUCGGGGUGCGGGCCUGCCUCGGACGGAGGGUGGCUGAACUGGAGAUGUACUUGCUCCUGUCCGCGCUGAUGUCACGCUUUGAAGUGCGACCCGACCCGAGCGGUACCGCACCCGUCAAGCCCAUCACCAGGACGCUGCUGUGCCCGGCCACGCCCAUCGACCUUGUCUUCGUCGACAGGCCGCGACAAUGA